AGUUUAGUAUUGUAAAAUAAAUAUACAUAAAAAAUGAAUGCAUAUAUGCUCUGUUCAUAUUAGGUUUUUCUAAAUAUCGGUGUCUGGCUUAAAGUAUAUUUUUGCAGGGGAUCCACCAGGUAAUAUUUUUGUGUGACUCCUGUCAACUCAGGAAGUAACAAUAGUCUAAACAUAUGUGACGGAUGUUCAGGCGCCGGGGAGAUGUAGAUUGUGUUUUAGAAAAAUAUACACAGAUUUUUCUGGGAUAUCCAUGUUAUUUUUAUAGAAAUUGGUUAAGACACUGUUUGUUUGAUCAUGACACAAAAUCACGUUACUGGGAUGGAGGCAUCUGCUGUCUCUGUCCUUAAGCGUGCUGUUGAGCUGGACCAGGGUGCUCGUUUUCAAGAGUCCCUUGUCUGUUAUCAGGAGGGCAUACAGUUGCUUAUGGACGUCCUGAAAGCCGUCAAAGAUGACCCGAAGAAAGUGCACUACAGGGGGAAAAUCAAGGGCUACAUGGAAAGAGCGGAGCAGAUCAAAGUUCACGUGAACCAACUUAAAGAGGAUGGUAAAUACCACGAGCAGAUCAAAAUAUCUGAGGAUGCCACAGGUUACAGCUAUGGGAUGUUAUUCAAGCCCUACAUAAGCAGUGCUCUCUCAGAGGUCUGGGUGGAAGAUCCCUACAUCCGACACAUCCAUCAGUUGUACAACUUCCUCCGCUUCUGUGAGAUGUUGCUGAAAGCCGACUGCCAAGUGAAAACAAUCCACCUGCUUACGUCCCAGGAUGAAGUGGACAGUGGCCAGCAGACCACUGCCCUGGCCGAGGUAAAGCAGAGUCUUCAGACUCAAGGAGUAUCCCUGGACCUUCAGUACUCCUCCACCAUCCAUGACAGAGAGAUCAGGUUUGACAACGGCUGGAUCAUCAAGAUAGGAAGAGGACUUGACUACUUUAAGAAAUCUAAGGGCCGCUUUUCCGUUGGAUAUUGUGACUAUGAUCUCAGGCAGUGCCAUGAGACCACAGUGGACAUUUUUCACACCAAACACACAAAGAAACUAGGAGACGUUAUGUGAAGAGAAUAUUUUAGAAAACAAUCGAUACUGAACACAAGCUGGAGUUGCUCUCUACCUUCUUUCUCCUUCUUUGGUGCCUUGAGAAAAUGUCUAUAGCAUGGAGGAGGUUUUAAAUAUUGGUUCUGGUCACUGUCAUGUGCUAGCCUCAUACCUAUUUUAUAUUUUAACACUGCUUUUAGAUAUAGACUGCUUUCAGAUUAUAUCGAAAUAAUUUGGGGCAUGUAAUUCAACUUUUUUUGUUUUUAUUUAAAACAUUGGCAUUAUUUGUAUAUUUUGUAUGGAAUAAUUGUAGGUUUAUGUAAUACCUUAUGCAUCCCAAUGACAAACCCUCCUAGGAAGCGAUGGCGCCAUCUUGUGGAAAACUUUAACCUUAAAUCAUUUUUCAAUAAAAAUAUAACCUUUUUCUAAGA